AUGUUGGAUCUUGUCAAGACUGGAAAGGCUACUCUCCAGACUGCCAAAGCGUACAUUUGGAGCGCUCUGGUCACUAAGAACGAAAAGCUCAAAGAUGGAAAUUGGGAGUGUUAUAAAGUCAUCAUAGGAAAGAAGGAUGAGGACAUCAAUAUCGGGAACAUAAUAUCCGGACAGGUAGCAACCACUGGGGAUUGCGUCCUCGCAGGUGGCGAUGAAGAGGAGCCUCCAGAAGAAGAACAAAUGUGGGUGCUUACUUUACUCAUGGCGCCUUUUCGUAUACACUCUGGAAUACGAGCGGAUUACAAGAAGCAGCUCAUGGCAAGAUUUAAGGAAAUUCUAGCGGACUAUCGAGUCAAUACAGGGCCAGCUUGGACAUUGGAGAAUUUCCUGAGCGACAAGGGACAGUGGGAGCAAGACGAAGGGUAUUCAAGACUAGCGGCUGCCGUUGAUAUGUUUUAUACGAAGUUCUCUCAAUCCAGUUGGGCCAGACUACGUCUAAGCACCUUGAGCGCCCGAUACAAGAACUGUGCCGCUCUGACCGGCAUCGAAUAUCUCCGCAAAGUUGCCUGUUCUCAAAUCGGUGAAUUGAUCAUGUGGGUCUGGACUGACGAAAUCGCCAAAGACCUAAAAGCGGUUUUUAAAUCCGGAGAAGAGUUGGAUAGUAUGGACUCUUAUCUUCCGUACAUCGCCAGUAUGCACCUGGCAAAAAAGAGUCCUUACUCGGCCUCGCACUACCUCAAAAUCACCCGUCAGAUAGCUGCUCCGCCAACAUUAAUGGCAGCUCCAGAGAGGAAAAAACGAAUUUCUAAAACAUCCGAAAUAACAGUAGAUUGGUAA